AACAGGCGCAUUAUCAAACCGCCACCAAUACAUUGCCGGUCGUCACAGCGUCCGUACAUAGACAGUUAAUUUUUUUUUAAAUUUCUUUUUGUGCCAGUGCUUCUGGAAAGUUCAUCUUGUUUAUCACAGGAUCCAAUUUUGUUAGGCCAGCUUCGGGCCACAAUCCCUACUGGUGGAUGAAGGUGCUGAUUAUUUGCCUGGCCAUAGCGGCUGUGAGCCUUGCCAUGCCCGUCGCAGAAGAUAAGCCAGAUGUACCAGUUGCCCCCGUUACUACAGCGGAAGUGAAGAGUGGGGAAGAAAAAGUUCAAAAUGAUGAAAAGUCAGCAACUCCAGAGGGAAAGAAAGAAGAACCUGUGCCUGAAGAAAAAGAGGCAAGCGCACCUGUUGACGCAGAAGCCAAGAGUGCACCUUCUCCCAUUGAUGCCGCUGUAGAUUCCAAACCUGCAAAGGAAGACGAUAAAGAAGAAUCAAAGAAAGAAGAAAUUCCACAAGUUAAAUCAGAUGAACCAGCUAAAGAUAUCCCUUCAGAAUUAGAAAAACCACAACAGAAAAGUGAAAGCCCUGAACCCGAAUCUAAGCCCGAAUCUAAACCUGAUGAGUCACAAGCGAAAGUAGAAGAAGUUAACAAUGUACCAGCCGUUAAAUCUGUGGGUGUUGAUGAAGCAAUUGACGUUGUCAGCGCAAUUAAAAACCCGGCUGCAGUAGCUGAUGAUGUUGUUGACUUGGCUGCUAUUAACCCUAUUUCUGAAUCCCAGCCUGCCGUUGCUACAAAGUCAGCGGAACCCGAAGACAAAAAAGAUGAUGUCCCAGAAUCAGAACCUGCUGCCAAAAGCGGAAAUGUCGAGGAGGUCAAACCUGUAGAACAGAAACCCGAGGAAAAGAAAGAAGAACCUGCUGCAAAAGCGGCUGUUCCUGAUACACCAGUUGAACCCAAAUCUGCCGAAUCUGGAGUUGUCGCUGAACCGCAACGUGUAGUUCGUGAUGCUGUUGAAGAAAAUAAAGCAAGUGCAGAACCUACCAAGGUGGAAACCAAAUCGUCUGAUGUUGCCACCGCCGACGAUAAGCGAACUGAGAUACCUCAAAUUUCUGUAAAAUCAGCUGAAUCCAGUGAAGAAUCAAAAGAAAAUGAGGAGAAAGUGGAAGAUAAAAAAGACGAUAUACCUCAGGAAAAGGCUGCACCCGUUGAACCUGCGCAACCAAAAGAGGAAAGUGAGAAGAAACCAGAAUUGAAAGAAGGUGAACUACCUCUUAACGACUCUCCUAAAGACAGUUCUGAAGAAAGCUCAGAAAGUUUUGAAAAUAGCAAUGGCAAGGACUCAUCAGAGGGUAGCGCUGAAAAAACUGAGAAGUCGAGCGCUGCUUCCUCCUCUUAGAUACUAAACUUAACUCUAGAGGCGGUAGGCGUGUGUCGACAGAAUACCCUCGACACGCGCCCUCCGCUAGCAAGAGGCAAAUUGCCCUAUGCAGUGCGUUUGUGAUGGGUUCCCGUUUCCGCCGGCUACGAUCGGAAAAACGCGUGAAUGUCAGACUAGUUAGAGACUUAUUUAAAUAGUAGAAACUGAAGAACUACCUAAGUUGUAAUUAUUUUCAAAUAAAUUAUCGAAUUUCCGGUACUAUAAGUAAUAAAUAAAUACGUUUUUUA